UUUCGUCGUAUUUCCUCAGUUUUUAUGUAGCCUACUUUGUGUGUCCAGUUCUCCCUCUACUCGGCUGACACUGAAAGGAAAAAUGUUUCUCUUUACUUUGUUUUCAGCAACCACUUGGACUUUGCUGGCACUGUGUUUUACCCUACUAAUACUGUAUGGCAUUUGGCCAUUUAGGAUUUUCAAAAAAAUGGGAGUACGCGGACCAACGCCAAUGCCUUUUAUUGGAACAAUAUAUAACAUAGGAAAGAAUUUGAUUGCCUUUGACCGUGAGUGCCAAGCCAAAUACGGUGAUGUGUGGGGCUUGUAUGAGGGACGGUCACCGUUGUUAAUGGUAUCAGACCCUGAGAUUAUAAAAACUGUGUUAGUGAAGGAGUGCUACUCAACUUUUACCAACCGCAGGGAAAAUCCAGUGGCAGGACCUUUCAAGGAUGCAGUAUUUUCAGUCAAAGACGAAAGGUGGAAAAGAAUUCGGAGCUCUUUAUCACCAUGCUUCACCAGUGGAAGACUGAAACAGGUUUUUCCCAUCGUUGCUCGUUAUGCAGACCGACUUGUUGAAAAACUUGGACAAAACAAUUUGGAAGUGGACAUUAAACAAUUCAUGGCACCUUACAGUUUGGACGUUAUUACCAGUGUGUCUUUCGGUGUUGAGGCAGACUCCAUAAACAAUCCAGAUGACCCACUUGUUGUUCAUCUCAAAAAGAUUAUAAACUUAAAUUUUUGGCCAAUAGUUCUAUCAAUGGUAUUUCCCUUUGCUGGCCGUCUGUUGAAACUCCUAGAUAUUGAAAUGAUGCCCAGACCCAGUGUUGAUUAUUUCUACAACAUCAUCAAGAAAUUGAAAGACCAGCAUCAGCUUGAAAAAUCACUCCGAGCAGACUUCCUGCAGGUGAUGAUUCAAAACGAGAUACCAGAUUCAGAGACAAAGAAUGAACAAGAGCAGCCAAGUAAAGGUUUGACUGAAACUGAGAUACUUACCCAGGCUUUCACCUUCAUCUUUGGUAGCUAUGAAACCACCAGUGCCACUCUCAGUUACAUCCUUUACAACCUGGCCAUCAACCCUGAUGCCAUGCAGACCUUGCAGGAAGAAAUUGAUACCAACUUACCAAAAGAUGCUCCCAUAUCUUACGAGGAUCUGACCAAUCUAGAGUACCUGGACCAUGUUAUUAAUGAGUCAAUGCGAUUGAUUCCUACUGCACCACGGCUUGAGAGGAUGUGUAAAACACCUGUCCAGGUCCACGGCCUCAACAUCCCUGAAGGAACCAUUAUUGGGAUUCCUGUGAAAAUUGUACACAUGGACCCACGAUUUUGGACUUCACCUGAGAAGUUCAGACCAGAGAGGUUUAGUAAAGACAGUGGUGAGGAAGUGAACCCAUAUGCAUUCAUGCCGUUUGGGCUCGGUCCUCGUAAUUGCGUCGGGAUGCGUUACGCCAUCCUCACUGUGAAGUUGGUUCUCGUCCGUCUCCUGCAGAGUUACUCUUUGGAAACAUGCAAAGACACCAUGAUUCCUUUGGAGUUCAACUGGAAGUUUCAGCCAUCAAAGCCAAUAAAGCUCAGUUUUGUCCCCAGACAACAGUAGUUCAAGACAGAGCAUCUCCAAACAUACCAAUAUUUGAAUUGUUUCUACUCUUACUUAACAGAUUGGAAAUGUUUUAUGUCUAUUGAUGAGCAUGCUUCCCCUCACUCCACAGUGAACUGUGGAGUCCCCCAAGGGUCAAUAUUGGGACCAAUUUUAUUCUCCCUCUACAUGCUCCCUCUUGCUACAUUAUACAAAUACACAACAUUCAGUUUCACUGCUACGCUGAUGACACACAGCUGUAUUUCCCAAUUGAUCAAAGGGCUUCUCCAAACCUCACAGACCUCAGAAAUUGUUUUACAGACAUUAAAAAAUGGA